UAACAGACUUUAGCCAAAUAAGUUGGAAUUUUUGAAGGAUGUAUAAGAGUUUAAUUUGCAAAUUACGAAACAAUACACGCGAAUUGCAAAUAAUGGAAAUCGUUUUAUAUUAAUAUUAAUGGGAAAUUAAGCAAGAAGGUACACGCAAAGAAGAAAAUCGAUUCAAUAAAGUUCAAUUUGUGUGUGUCUUUCUUAUUGUUCGGUCGAGUCAGGUCGAGUGUAUUCAUUUAGCGGCAGUUUGGGAAUACCCCCCACCACGAAACGGCGCGUGAUGACUGUCAUCGAAUGUCAAAGCGAAUGUCAUUGUGUGAAAACUGUCAAAUAACGCGGAACAGUUGAAAAGAGUUAGUAAACAUUAUGCGUGUUUUGCUGAGUAAAUAAAUGCAGACACAAUUUCGUUAAUAACAUUGACAUUGUUCAGGAGACCUUGGACUGGAAUACCUGCAUUUUUUCUCAGUUAAUGUAAUAGUUUGUUCCCACCGUCAGGAUGUCAGUGAAUCAAAUAACUCAGAGCAGUAAGGGUCAGAAAGGCAAGAGAACAUCCAUGAAUCGACCACAGAGCACUGUCGAUGGAGACAUUUACAUUGGCUUCAGGUCAGACUUUGAUAAUGAAGCUAACACUCCAACAUGCAGAGUCAGGUUGCACAAUCUGUUCAGGCAAAUCGAGAAGGAAUUUGAUUUGCUUUACCAAGAGAAUCAAAACUUACAUGAUAAAAUUGAACUGCUGAAUGAAAAAAUUGAAAGUGCUAGCUAUGAUAAGCAGACCUACGACUGUAUGGAUUUUGAUAAUAAUUUUCCAAAGUUACUCAACAAAAAAUUAAGUACAACAUCAUCGCAAAAGUUGAAAACAGCACACAAAUUGAAAGCACAAACUAGUAAAAUUGUGUCCAGUUUCAAGGCCCCACAUAUGAAUUGCAACUUGCUUAAGGAAUAUAUUGGACACAAGGAUGGUGUUUGGGAAGUCUCUGUGGCUAGACCAGGCCAACCCAUUAUUGGUACAGCAUCUGCAGAUCAUACGGCAUGUGUUUGGAGCAUGGAUACAACCCGGUGUCUUCUUCAAUAUCAGGGACACAGUGGAUCAGUAAACUCGAUUAGGUUUCAUCCCUUGAAGGAUUUGGUUUUAACAGCUAGCGGUGAUGGAUCUGCGCACAUAUGGCAAGCUGUCGUUAAUUGGGAUUUGCCGGGGCAGUCGUCAGAGGAGGAAUUGGAAGGCGACGAAUGCGAUGAUCGUUCGGAUACGAGGGUAUCGACAUUGAGAACACCGGUGUGCGAAUUGGGUGGUCACAUGGGAGCUAUUUCAGCAGCUGAAUGGUUGGCAGGGGCGGAUCAAGUUAUCACUGCUGCAUGGGAUAGAUUAGCUGUGCUGCACGACGUUGAAACUGGGUUAGUUCUAACAACAUUAUCAGGACAUGAUUUGGAAUUGACUCACACUGCAACGCAUCCCAUUCAAAAGUUGGCUGUGACUUCAUCAAGAGAUACAACCUUCAGGCUGUGGGAUUUCCGAGAUAACGUCAAUUCCGUUUCCGUAUUUCAAGGACAUACAGAGAGCGUAACAUCGACAGUUUUUACAAGAGAAGACAAAGUGGUCUCUAGUUCUGACGAUCGCAGCGUGAAAGUUUGGGAUCUGAGGAACAUGAGGUCUCCUGUGGCAACAAUCCGUGCCGAUUCCGCCGUAAACCGGAUAUCCGUGUCAAACACAGGUGUAAUCGCGAUACCACACGAUAACAGACAGGUUCGAUUGUUCGAUCUGACUGGUCAAAGGUUGGCAAGGUUGCCUAGGUCCAGCAGACAAGGACACAACAGGAUGGUGGCUGGAACCGCUUGGGCCGAGGACAAUGCGAGCGGGGCGAAUCUCUUCACUUGCGGUUUUGAUAGGAGGGUGAUCGGCUGGUCCGUCCAAUCCCUCAAAGAUAUAUAAUUGCUGCUCCUCAGAAACAGCAAAGUAUUAUUUUAAGGAAUAAAGAAACAUUGUACUCGUGUUUAUUAUGUACAUAGUUUAAAAACAAUCUACUUUUUUUUAUGCAACCAAAAAAAAAACAGAAAUGAAAAAAUAACUU